AUGGUCGCCUUCAGCCCUGACUGGGGGGUCGACAAAACCGAUGAGGAGACUCUUCGCGCUCACAGCAGAUCACACACAACGGUCGCUACUGCUGAAAUCUUUGCUGAAAAGGAACAUAUGAUGCGGCGCCUCCGUAACAAGCUGGGUAGAAAGAGAGCGGAGGCACAUGAAACCCAGGCAACCAACGACCGAAGCGGCAACAACCUGCUCUUGAGCGUGACCGGCAUGCAAUCUCAGUCUUUACCUCAGCGCGCCGCCGCGUCUCCGAUACUGGGCACGCCCGCCACGACUCCCAAGUCACCGAAGCCCUCCUCACCGCCGCCGCAGCCGCCGCGACCCCAGCAAGGCUCAGGACAGCCUAAAUUGGCGCACCUCGGUCCUGGUGGAACAAAGAAAGACUAUUGGAAAAUGGCGGCGGAGAAGCUUCAGGAGGAAGACCCAUCGUUCAAAGACGCGAUCGCUGGCCUGGAGCGGGCUGCUACAACGGCUGGUGAUAACGACUUUGCCAUGCAGCUUCAGGCUGCCACAGAACGUAGUCGAAAGGAACUCGAGUCUCGAAAAUGGCGAUUCAAUGUAGGUUCGAAGGAGAUCAUUCCACGAGAGCACUUUGACGGUCUCAUCAAGACUGUUGCGGCCAUAAAGGAUCUGGCGAGCGCUGCGGCCGGCGUCGACCCGAUACACGCCGGUCUGCCGCUCGCCGGCUUCCUUGUGCUUAUGCAGAUGGCAACCAACGAUUUCGACCAGUACGCCUCCAUGGCGGCUGGAGUAGAAGAAGUAAUGACCAUUAUGGCACGCUAUCGACUUAUAGAAGAAUCUCACGGUCAGCGGCUCCAGGACGGCCUCAAACAGGAGUUCGACAAGCAAUUGAUCAAUCUUUACAAGCACAUCAUUCGGUACCAAAUUUCAGCAACGACAUACUAUCGACGCAACACCAUGGCCCGGUAUAUACGCGCCAUGCCUAAGCUCGAUGACUUGAAAGAGGUGACAUUAGCAGUCCGACAACAGGAUGACGCUUGCUGGAAAAUAGUCGAUAUCUUAUACUCUGCGGGCAUCGACCUAAGGUUGGAUCAGCUCGAGCAGCGUCUGACCGCUCCUAACGUUCUGGCAACCCCAAGCGCCAAUAUGCACUGGAUAGUGCCCAGGUCGACAAACAGUCUCUUCACUGGACGUAACGCAAUUUUAGACGAGCUGAAGGUCAUAAUCCAAAAUGCUGUCAACGAGCCGACUCCUGAUCAACAGUGCCGAAUUGUCGUCACCGGCAUUGGCGGCCAGGGUAAGAGUAAGCUCUGUCUCCAGCUCGCUAACCGGUGCCGUGCACUUUUCUGGGGUGUUUUCUGGAUUGACGUAGGCAGCACGUCUCUAGCAGAGCAAGCGUUUAUUAGUUUGGCACAGCAGCUCCAGAUCUCCGCCCAGACAUGGGAAGAGGCCUGUCAGGCACUUGGCGCACUACAAGAUCGCUGGCUCCUGGUGCUGGACAACGCUGACGACCGAUGCGUGAACUAUCAACGUUACUUUCCGGCGAGUACUCUGGGGGUGGUAUUGCUGACCUCACGCAAUGACCAGUUUCACUGUUACGCCACCAACAAACAUGUACCAUUGGGCGGACUCGGAGACAAGGAGGCGCGAGAACUGUUGCUUCGAGCGGCUGGUGUUGCCGCCGACAAACAUCAAGAUCGAGAUGCGCAGACUCAGCAAGACUUUGACCGAGAUGCUGACCGGGUCGCUACGUUGCUCUACUCACACCCUCUCGCGCUCAUUCAAGCUGCAGCAUAUGUGGCGCGUGGUCAUUGUCCUCUGGCUGCAUAUCCACAGGUCUACGAGAAACAACGGAAGCGGCUUCUUCAGUUUCACCCUGAGCAAGCUCAAUCGCGGUACAGUGAUGUAUACACCACGUUUGAGGCAUCUGUCAGCAUACUUCAAUCUGUGGAUGCAGAAGCGUGUCGAGACGCAUUGUCUCUUUUGCCAGUACUGGCGGUCUUUGAGCGAAAUCGACUGCCCAUUUUCUUGUUUGAGGAGGCCUGGCGUGGAGCCCAGGCUGUUAAAGCCGAUCCGAGAGAUGUUGAACCCGACAUGGAGCACCUGCACACAUGGCAUUUGGAUCGUCUACCUCCCUGGAUGCAAAUGAACGAACAAGCGUGGGAUUCGUUCCGCCUCAUUCAGGCACUGUCUGAACUAAGAGCACUCUCGCUUGUGAUGACAGAUACCCAAGAGGGCUACAUGAGCAUCUCAAUGCACCCGCUGGUCCAUGCUUGGGCACGGGACAGAGAGAGCGAGGCCGAACAGCAUCUAUCGUCGGUGGUUGCCGGGUGCUUGGUGGCUUUAUCUGCGGAUUACAGCAUUUGGGCACAGUAUAGUCAUCUACUCCAAGCGCAUUUAGAGGCGGUCGUGUCAUUGGAGUUGAACCAGUUGUUUAGGUCCGAACCGUUGGUCAUGAUCAAUGGUAUUAUUUUUCGGUGUGGCUAUUUGCUUCGAAACAUGCGCGCAGACGACCAACUUUCGGCUUUGCUGACAAGAUGGUUUGGUUAUCAUAACUGGAGCCUCACAAAAGUUGAGCAGACAGCGCUUGGUGCAUACCGACUUGCUGCCGAUGAUUCCCUCCAUCAGGGUUACUACCCGCAGGCGAUCACUCUCCUGAAGCAGCGACUCACCCUGAUCGACUGGCAUGCCAGCGUGGACUAG